AUGAUAAAAUUUAAGUCAGAUUCUCAGGAUCCUUUGAUAGAUAAGACAUAUCUCUAUGGUGGCCAUAGCUGUAUAAAUUUAAUGAUAACUGGUAGGACAACUACUUAUGUUUGGGAUCACCAUGAAGAUGAAGGUUUGAAACUAUUAGGAAUUGAAAGACAAAUUCAAAUAGGUUUAAUAACUGUAAUGGAAUAUCACAGGUAUUGUACAGUUAACAGAUACACAAAUACAGUUGCUUUAGAUGCACAUUUAACAGUGCUCUUAAGUGAUCAAAGAAAGUUAUUAGUCCGGAAACUAAAAGUAAACAAGCCAGAUGGGUUUUUAAAAGUUUUGAUCCUUACUGAAUGGAGUUGUAAGUAA